UUUGCUCAACUGUUUAAUGAAGUUUUUAUUAAUAACAUAAAACAUUUUGUAAGAUGGCAGUUAUUUUUUUCGAGAAACUUUAAUGAACUCGUCAAAAUGUUCGUUUUCAUAAUUCGGCACGCGUUAAAUUGUGCAGGCCAUUAAUUUUACCAUCUCGAAAAUACUCUCAAAAUUAUAACCGGAUUUAAUUAGCACUAUUUACUUUCUUUAAAAGCACUCAAAACAGCAAAAUUUAUGACAUUUACUUUUUGGUUAUCAAGUUUGAAAAUUACUUUUAAAAUAUUGAACGUAGUGUCAUGCAAAAACAAACUCCGAACGAAAUUUUACUAAAUUAUCCAAAACUUAAAGGGGGCAAGGGUAAUUUCAAAAGAGCAGUCGUUCCCCCGCGUGAAAACGCCCCGACUAGUCGUGCUGGUCGAAUUAGUAGUUCACGUCUCAACUCGGGUCGCUACUCGUUACCACGAGUGGAUUUAUUAGCCGAGAGAAGUGAGUCAUAUAAUAAUCCAAGGAAACAGUCGGAGAUCAGAGUCGUGUCGCCGAGUGAUGAGCUGAAAAGCAAAAGUGUGAUAGAAGACGAUAUUGACGAUGUUGUCAAGUAUCGGCCGACUUUUGUCGCCAGAAUGAGCGGUCUAACCUACAUCCGCUCCCCCUCCCCGCCCAAACACUCGAGACGGAGGAUAAACAGUGCAACUAGCCGAAUAGCUAGACCGAGAACCUCAUCAUUCACGACUACCUCAAUCAGCAGACCUCAAACAGCAGCCAGCCACCUUUCGGCUCCCGCCCACUUUCGGCUGGAUGAACGGUCGAUGACGACGCCUGGGGCUGUGCAUUCGAGUGAGCACUACAGAUGGAUGGCUAUGGCUGAGGUGGGCAGGUACCGAGACACAGAAAGGGGAGGGGCGCUCACACCUCAGGAUUUGGUUGAAUCUCUUCGUCAAGAAUCCAGACAGCGAAGGUUGAAAAGAAUGACCCCUCAAGACUUCUUAUUUCAUAAGAGGUCACGAAAUCAAGCAACGACUGUAUUGGCCCAGUACUUCUCACUUCGAAUGGCAUUUAGGGUCAUCAGAUGGAAAAACAAAGCCCUGCAUACCCUAGCUAAGAACCGCGAAAACACUGAGGAAAUCGAGAAGCGAAAAGUUCAUAUUAAAACUUUAUUCAAAACGCGAGCGAGAGCAAUCAUGCUAAUUUACAGAUGGUACAAAUCGUUAGUUGCUUUCUCCAUGUCAAAAACAGAAAGAUCAUCACUUGAGCUGCAAUGGGAAGAAAACUUUUUAGUCGAACAUAAAAGGAAAAAGUUCGAGUUUGACAUAGGGGCCUUCGAACCACAGAAAAAACAGAAUAAAUUGCCAAAAUGGGCCAAAAUAAUUCUACAAAAAGCCCCGUCGGAUAGGAGUAAGUUGGAAGUGAAACAGUUGCAUGAUAUGUUUCGAGGAUUGAGUCACUUCGAAAAAUUCACUCAAAAAGUUCAGCUGGAGCUGUCUCGCGCCUGCACUCUGAUGGAAAUAGAGUCAAUGCGGGUCAUCCUGCGGGAAGGUCACAAAGGUCAAGGCUUCUACUUCAUCUACACGGGGUCAGUGUUCAUCAACAAGACAGAAACGAGAAACGACCGGAAAAAGACACAGUACCAGAAGACACGUGCCAUCCUCACCAGGGCUGUUCAAAUCUCGACUCAAAUAAAACUUGAAAAAUUUGAUUCGAAAAUUGGCUUAAAAAAUUGA